AUGGCUUUACUUAUCUUGACAUCCGACUGCCGGCCCGGUAUAGCGUCUUCCAGACUCUUGACGCGGACGGAGCCAUAUCGGAAGCAAUUGGACUGGAGCGAUUCUUUCGUGAGGACCCCGGUAUUACCAGCAGACUACAACAUCAUGCAAUUCCUCACCAUUCUAGCCUCCCUCCUCCUCGCGGCGACCGUGUCCGCUCAGGAGUGUGUCACUCAAGCGACAUGUAACGACGGCAAGAUCCUUUGCGACGAUGGAAAACCGCGAAGAUGUGCUUUCGUAUAG